AUGCGCGGACUGCUUGCUCGACUGAGAUCGCGUCAGUUCCGCGCAAAGCAUUUUGCAGGAUGGGCCGGUACCAUACCUACCGAGACAUCCACAAUUUUCUCAGCACCGCACAGUUGCCCAAUUUUGGACUUUUUCGAGAGUGCUGCAGAUAGGCCGCUCCCUGGAUUGCGCCAUAACCGCCUUUCGAUUUCCUUCAGCGGACAGCCACAAUGUCACAUGGUACGACCCCAGUUUUCGGAUGCACCAAGGGUAGUCCUACUACGAAUGAUGGCUGUCAAAGCACAGUACCUUGAGGAUAAUACGUCUGGAGCUCCGGCAUCGUUUGAAAUCGACUCCUCCUCGACUCUUCCAGCACAGAACAUCGAAAGUGCCCCAAUCGGAACUAUGAAUUACCGCAAGAUGCAAGAAUCGUCGGCUCGGUCAGAUUCGGCGCGACGAAAUAUUCUAGUGCCACAGCCAGAUGCGUCUCUAUCAGCUUCCAUCGCUUCGCGUCCUUCGAUUGCAAAUUCCGCUUUGCCAAAGCAGAAUGACUGCCUGACAAAAUCAACCACCCAACCACGAUUGGAGUCCAACCCCGACUUUCCUACCCAUAACCUUACGAAAAGGCAACGAACAGAAAAUUCAAGUGUGUCGAUUAAUGCUACCCAGCUUGAUGUAGCCUCUCAAGCUCCACAACCGCCUGAUGCGAUUGCUGGUCGUGGUCGAAAAAAGACUCAAGCCCAAAUUGAUCGGAGAAGGGAGCGAAAUCGGAUCCUUGCUCGACGCACUCGACUGCGCAAAAAGUUUUUCUUUGAAUCACUUCAAAAGGAGGUGGUUGAUUUGCAGCGGGAGAAUGCUGCCCUUAAGGACAUUGUUCGGUCGAAGCUAGACGAGAAUGGGACCAAGAUUCUGGAAGAUUGCAGCGCAGCAGAAAGAUUACCAGAUGCAGUAUUGGAAACAUGUGGUGAGCACUCAUCGGAUAUUGGGCAGCAAGAUUUCAAUUUGGUUAGAAGCAUUCAGCAGUCCCAACAUUCAUUUGUGAUUACUGAUCCAAGUCUGCAGGACCACCCUAUUGUAUUUGCAUCUGAUGAAUUCCUAAAGCUGACAGGAUACUCCCGAGAAGAGGUUCUUGGCAGAAAUUGCCGUUUCCUCCAGGGUGUUGACACUUGUCCAAGUAAGGUGCAAGAUAUUCGGAAGGGUAUUUCAGCUGGCAGUGAUGUAUCGGUGACCUUGUUGAAUUACACGUCGGAUGGAACCCCAUUCUGGAAUCAGCUUUUUAUUGCGGCUCUUCGUGAUGCACAGGACGACAUAGUGAAUUUUAUCGGGGUGAUGGUGAAAGUAACAUCGCCCAAUCUCGGUGACGCCGAAAAUGAAAAAAGUUUUGGAAGCACAGGCUGA